AUGGGGUCCAGCUCACUCAACAAGAACAAGGAACAUGAUCGCUCCAAAAGCGUAAACAACAUAGACGACCUUGCUGCUAAGCAAGAAGUGAGCUACGUCAAUAGACAAGGAUGGCAGUACAAGAACUACCACCCAAACCCUAACGUUAGGAACAAUCCUCACCUCUUUUUAUAUUCCAAGGCUGACAAUCCGGUUGAUAACGCUCAUAACAGUCAAGGGCAGAACAUCGGCUAUCAGAAACCAUAUCAGGGAAGAACAUAUGUCCUAAGCCAAGCGCAGCAUAACCAGUUCCAGAACCAGAAACAGCAAACUGCUCAACCGACCACUCCUUCGCCUACAACUGCUCCGCAAGACAAAAUAAAGGGUCUAGCGAUGAUGAUGCAGCAGCUGCUCCAGGGUCAAAAGAUUCAAGGGAAAGCGUUGAAUCAAGUCACCACGGACAUCAACUCCAGGAUGAACCACAUGUUCAAUGACCUGAGUACCAAAUAUGAUAACGUAGCCAGCCAUAUGCGCCAGAUGGAUGUUCAGAUCGCACAGACAGCUGAGAGCGUCAAGAGGCAGCAAGGUACUCUACCUGGAAAGACCGACAAGAAUCCUAAAGAAUGCAAUGUUGUAGCACUAAGGAGUGGAAGAAACCUACCGGAUACAAUUCCCAAGAACUUAUCAGCAGCGGAAAAGGGUAAGCAGAAAGAGGGUGAGCAACCAAGAUCUGAAGCACUUCCUUUAUCUGACGAGGAACCAGAACAGUCUGUUGAGACUGAUCCGACACCUGUCGCUCCACCAGUUGAGCCUCUUAAUGAAAGGUUGAUCUCUGGUAAGGUGACUAGAGACAGUGAGCUACUGAUGGUUUCAAAACAGUGCACUGCAGUACUUCAGAACAAGCCGAUAAAGAAAUUGGAUGAUCCAGGCAAGUUUGUUCUCUCCAUACAGAUCGGGAGAACUUUAUUCGCAUGUUCUCUAUGCGAUCUGGGUUCCAGCGUCAAUCUCAUGCCUUACUCUGUGGCAAAACGACUGGGCUUCACAAACUUCAAACCGACAAGACUCUCCCUGGUGUUCGCCGACAGAUCAGUCAAGUCACCGGUGGGUAUUCUGGAAGAUCUUCAUGUCCGAGUGGGGAACACUUUUGUUCCAACAGAUUUUGUGGUUCUGGAAGUUGAAGAAGAACUGAGCGAUCCACUGUAG